CUAGAAAAGAAAUAGUAGAGGGGCUAGUCGAGCGGUACAUUGGCAUCGUCAUGCAGCCUUUCAUUCACUGGGGGUUUAAACGAGAACACGUCUCUUCAAUCUUUCAAAGAUAUAUCUUUUGGAAGCCAUAGUCACUAUAUCCAGAAAGGCAAAGGGUGUUGUUUCAUGAUGUCUACCGUGGGGAAUCCUGCAAACAUAUUCUGGCAUGAAAAUCCAGUCAGAAAGGCGGAAAGGGAAAAACUGCUUAACCAACAAGGAUGUGUUGUAUGGAUCACGGGUCUCAGUGGAUCAGGAAAAAGCACACUUGCAUGUUCCCUAGGUAGAGAAUUGCAGACAAGGGGUAAACUUUCGUAUGUUCUUGAUGGUGACAACCUUAGGCAUGGUCUGAACAAGAAUCUUGGGUUCUCACCAGAAAGCCGGACUGAGAAUAUACGUAGGACUGGGGAAGUUGCAAAUCUCUUUGCAGAUGCUGGAUUAAUUUGCAUUGCAAGUUUGAUAUCUCCUUACAGAAAGGAUCGUGAUGCUUGCCGUGCAUUGGUGCCAGAUAACAAGUUCAUUGAGGUUUUUAUGAAUAUGCCUCUACAACUGUGUGAAGGUAGAGAUCCAAAAGGCCUCUACAAGCUAGCUCGUGAGGGUAAAAUCAAAGGAUUUACUGGAAUAGAUGACCCUUAUGAGCCACCUUUGAAUUGUGAGGUAUGUAUUACAUUACUUCUGCUGCUGCGAAGCUUUCCAGAUAUUGUUAAUUCCCUUCUGUUUUCUCGUCAU